AUGGGGAAACGGUUCUUGGAAAACUGCCUUCCAGAGACCAAUGCGAGCACACAUAACACAAUCAGAAGUAAAUUCCAUCGACCGACCAAAGUUCCCUUCGGCGAUAUGUUGAUGGCGUACCAGCUGGAGAAACGCUGGCGCAAACUGUUCAACUCCGCUCUAUACCGUUCCAAUAUGCUUCAGCCCACCAAGACAAAGUUUGCCGAGAUGACUCAGGGCGAGAUCAGCGUGUUCUGCAUCGAGCUGAACUCGUUCAUUGAACGGUACAAAACGGAAGGUCCCGGAACAGUUGGGUUGGAUUUGGACCGUGGAUCCGAACUGAUGGUCGCCUUCAGCAAAGAGUUCAUAGACAUCAAUCGUCAACGGAUAGAGCUCGAAAACGCGGAAAAACUCUUCGACAUCCCAUUAACGGAUUACAGCGAAUUUUUGCAGUGCCAAAACGAAUACGAAGAAAUGCAAGUGGUCUACAAGCUAUACCACAAGCAGAAAAUUGCCCGGGAACGAUGGUCUCGCACGCUUUGGGCCGACCUGAACCCCCAGGCCCUCCUCGAUGGAAUCGAAGUGUUCAUAAAGGAUUACCGCCGUUUGCCACGAUCUGUUCGCCAAACUCCAGUCGGCCAAGCCUUGGACACCAAAAUGAAGCAGUUCAAAUCGUCGGUUCCGCUGAUGUUGAGCCUGAAGGACGAAGCGCUUCGGGAACGCCACUGGAAUCUGCUAAUGGACAAAACUGGUCAACAUUUCGACAUGGCGCCGGAACGUUUUACGUUGGAAAAUAUGUUCGCGAUGGAGCUGCACAAGUAUCAGGAAAUUGCCGAAGAAAUCAUCAACAAUGCCAUCAAAGAAUUGUCGAUCGAACGGGGCGUCCAAGAAGUGGAGGAAAUUUGGCAGCACAUGUCCUUCAUUGUGUUGCCUUACGAAAGUCGUGGAGUUAUAGUAGAAGGAAGAUACGUGCUUGGAGGAGUGGACGACAUCACCAUGGUGCUAGAGGAAAAUUCAAUGAACCUGCAAUCGAUGGCGGCCUCUCAAUUUAUUGGCCCAUUCCUGCCGACGGUCCAGCGCUGGGAGAAAAAUCUUACUCUUAUCUCGGAAAUCAUCGACGAGUGGCUCGCUGUCCAGCGGAAGUGGCUCUACCUGGAAGGAAUAUUUAUCGGCGGCGAUAUAAGUGCCCAAUUACCGGAAGAGGCAGAAAGAUUUAACAAGAUCGACUGGGAGUUUCAAGAGAUUAUGAACGGAAGCUUUCGGGAUCCGCUGGUGGUGAAUGUUUGUCUUGUUCCCGGCCGGCUGGACGAUUUCCUGAGGCUCGGGACAGAAUUGGAUGGAUGCCAAAAAUCUUUGAACGAUUAUCUCGAGCACAAGAGAAUGCUUUUCCCGAGGUUCUACUUCAUUUCGACGGACGAGCUGCUAUCAAUCCUGGGAAGCAAAGAACAUACGGCCGUUCAAGAGCACAUAAUUAAGAUGUUUGAUAACAUUAAAUCUUUACGAUUUGUCAUGGAUCGCGACGAUACGCCACUCGUCAGUGCAAUGAUAUCCGCCGAGGGAGAAGUUAUGCAGUUCCAAACCAGAGUGCCCGUGAAAGGCCGCGUCGAAAGCUGGAUGACCGAUGUCCUGCAGGAGAUGAGGGCCACCAAUCGAUACAUCAGCAAGAAGGCCAUCUUCGACUACGGCAAGGAGCGGGAACGAACACGUCCCGAUUGGAUCAUGCUGUACCAGGGUAUGGUUUGCCUUGCUGCUAACCAAGUUUGGUGGACCGCCGAAGUGGAGGAAGUUUUUGCCAAGGUGAAAAAGGGCAACAAACGAGCUAUGAAGGAGUAUCUUGAAGCUCAGAAUCGGCAGCUUGACGACUUGGUAGUAAAAGUACGAGCUGAACUAUCACCUAAUGAUCGACUAAAGUUCAAAACGAUAGCCACUAUUGAUGUCCAUGCGAGAGAUAUCAUAGAAUCGUUUGUACGAGAUAGCAUCCUAGACGCUCAAGAGUUUGGGUGGGAAAGUCAGCUGAGAUUUUAUUGGCUUCGGGAUCCAGACAAUCUCUUUGUGGUACAGUGCACAGGGAAAUUCGAUUAUGGCUACGAGUACAUGGGCCUUAACGGGCGUCUCGUGAUUACACCGCUCACGGAUCGAAUCUAUCUGACAAUCACCCAGGCCCUGACCAUGAAGCUUGGCGCGGCACCGGCUGGCCCAGCCGGAACCGGGAAAACGGAAACCACCAAGGACCUGGCCAAAGCCAUGGCCCUGCUCUGCGUGGUCACCAACUGUGGCGAGGGAAUGGAUUUUCGCGCCGUCGGAACCGUGUUAUCAGGACUGUCACAGUGCGGAGCUUGGGGCUGCUUCGACGAGUUUAAUCGGAUUGACAUCUCGGUCCUGAGCGUAAUCUCAACGCAGCUGCAAACAAUCCGAACGGCCCUCGUAUCCAACCGAAAGACAUUUAUGUUCGAAGGGUACGAAAUCAAUCUGGAUCCCAAGGUAGGGAUUUUUAUAACGAUGAAUCCGGGCUAUGCGGGACGUACGGAGCUGCCGGAAUCUGUGAAAGCAUUGUUCCGACCCGUGACCUGUAUCAUGCCGGAUUUGGAGCUGAUCUGUCUGAUUUCACUAUUUUCGGACGGGUUCAUGAAGGCCAAGGUUCUGGCCAAAAAAAUGACAGUCCUAUACAAGUUGGCACGGGAGCAGCUAUCGAAGCAGUACCAUUACGAUUGGGGUCUCCGGUCUCUGAAUGCGGUGCUCCGGAUGGCCGGUGUCAAUAAACGCAAAUCACCGGAGAUCAAUGAAACGGCCACUCUCAUGAGGACCCUGUUCGAUAUGAAUUUUCCCAAGUUUGUCUUUGAUGAUGUACCACUGUUUAAUGGAUUGAUGAAGGAUUUAUUUCCGGGUGUGGACUACCCACGUGUUGGCUAUCCGGAAUUUACCGAGGCGGUUCGCAACGUGCUGGAAACCGAUGGCUACAUCAUUCUGCAGAAUCAGGUUGAUAAAGUGAUUCAACUGUACGAAACGAUGAUGACACGUCAUUCAACCAUGAUCGUAGGUCCAACGAGUGGCGGAAAAACAGUUGUUAUUAGUACCCUCAUAAAGGCUCAAAGCAAUCUUGGCCUCCCAACCAAGUGUACGAUGUUGAAUCCCAAGGCUUGCUCGGUGGUUGAGCUGUACGGUUAUCUGGAUCCGAACACCCGCGAUUGGAUAGAUGGUUUGUUUUCGAACAUUUUCCGCGAAAUGAAUCGACCAGCGGAGGAAAAUGAACGCCGCUACGUAUGCUUUGACGGCGAUGUGGAUGCCCUAUGGAUAGAGAACAUGAACUCAGUAAUGGACGACAACAAGCUGCUGACGUUGGCAAACGGAGAACGAAUUCGGCUCAACAGCUACUGCGCGCUGCUAUUUGAAGUUGGUGAUCUUGCUUACGCUUCUCCAGCCACGGUAUCACGAGCCGGUAUGGUAUACUUGGACCCUAAGAAUCUCGGCUAUGAGAGUUAUUGGCAGCGAUGGGUUUUGAAACGAUACGAAAGUGAGCGGGAGAUGCUUUCGAAAAUGUACGAACGCAUUAUUUCGCUCGCCAUCGACUACAUUUUGGAAGGAAUUGAUGGUAACAAUCAGGAAGACCCGCUUAAAUUGGUGAUCCCUCAGACAAACUUGAACAUGGUGACCCAGUUUUGUUAUUUUUACGAUGCAAUGUUUCCCAAAAGUGGAACUGUUUGUCCUUUCGAAGAAGAUGUAGUUGAAUGUGGAUUCAUCCAGUGUCUGUAUGCUUCCUUAGGAGCAGCUCUGUUGGAAGAUUCCCGUUUUAAGUUUGAUGAUUUCGUCAAAAGAAACUUGGAAAUGAUCAAUGUCGAAGAUACUCCUGAAGUGCCGGCAAAAGCUGGACAAGUCCCGUCAUUGAAACCGACGCUUUACGAUUACUUCUUCGACAGGGAAAAGAAACAAUGGAUUGCGUGGGAGUGGGUCGUUCCAGAAUAUAUUCAUAAUUCGCAAAUGGCUUUCAGUGAAAUUCUAGUCCCAACGACAGACACCCUGCAAGCUGAAUGGAUUCUAAGAUCAAUGAACGACAUUCGACAUCCUAUUCUUCUAGUUGGUGAUACGGGAACUUCAAAAACAGCGGUCAUUUCCAGUUUUCUUAGACAGUUGAACAAAGAAACUUUUAUCAUCUUGAAUUUGAAUUUUUCGUCGCGAACUUCUUCGAUGGAUGUUCAGAAGACAAUCGAGGCUGCCGUUGAUAAGCGCACCAAGGAUAUCUACGGACCUCCGGUAGGGAAAAAACUUGUGGCCUUCAUCGACGACAUGAAUAUGCCUCAGGUAGACAGUUAUGGAACUCAGCAGCCGAUAGCUUUGCUGAAGUUGCUCUUCGAAAGAGGUGGCAUGUACGAUCGUACCAAAGAUCUCAGCUGGAAAUGGUUCAAGGAUAUGUCCUUCAUCGCUGCUAUGGGUCGCGCCGGAGGAGGCCGCAACGAUGUUGAUCCCAGGUUCAUUUCGAUGUUCUCGGUUUGCAACGUCAUCUUCCCGAGCGAUUCAACAUUGGCCCACAUCUACUCGUCAAUUCUCAAAGGACAUCUGCAACCGUUCGCGGAGGAAGUUUCAGCCCUGGCAGAUGUUGUGGUAGAAAUGACACUUAAUUUGUUCAAAUCGUUGAUCGUCAAAUUGCCUCCAACGCCUUCAAAGUUCCACUAUAUAUUCAACCUGAAAGAUCUGUCUCGAAUUUAUGCCGGCAUGCUUCAGAUUCACCCAACAUACUACAAGGAAGUGCAACAACUGAUUCGAGUCUGGCGCAACGAAUUCCAACGUGUUAUCUGUGAUCGGUUGAUCAAUGCAGAUGACCAAGAACUGAUGAUCCAACAAAUUUCCGAGGAAGUAUCGAAUAAAUUUCCUCCACCGAAACCUGUUCCUCGGCGUACGAUUAUCGGUAUACCGGAAGGUCGAACCGAAUCAAAAUGGCUUGAACCAAAUGUCGGAGAGUAUGUUUUGAACGAUCCUUUGCUUUUCGGAGAUUAUAGGAACGCAGUGAAUCCAGCAGAACCCAGAUUUUACGAAGAUCUGUUAGACUACGAGGCUGUAUUUUUCCUGUUUCAAGAAAUUUUAAUGGAGUACAACGAACAGAAAUCCAAAAUGAACUUAGUUCUUUUCGAGGACUGUUUAGAGCACUUGACUCGAGUCCAUCGUGUACUUCGGAUGGAUCGAGGUCACGUUAUGCUAGUCGGUGUGGGUGGAUCUGGCAAACAGUGCAUAGCCCAGCUGUCUGCUUUUGCUGCCGAAUGCGAAGUAUUCCAAAUUGUUCUCAGCCGGGGUUACAAUGAAACAUCUUUCCGGGAAGAUUUGAAAGUCUUGUUCAAUAACGUCGGUGUUAAAAACCAGAAAACCUGUUUCAUUUUCAAAGCUGCCCAGAUAGCAGAAUUAGACAAGGUUAGAAUGCUGCUCCGGCAGCCGGAAUCAGCAAACCAGCCAGCCAUCCAACGGGAGCUGCUGUUAGGUUGCCAUCAACCAGCCGACUAG